UUUUAAUAUUGCAUGUGUGUUUGAAACAGUUCGAAAAUCAAAUCCUCUUGAAAAGACUUUCGAACUUGCAAGAGGGAAUGGAGAAUGAACGAAGAAGGGACCUGACCCGCAAUCAAAGUAAUAUUCGGUCAGCGUAAGCAUUAGUAAUGGCAUCUGCUGCAGGCCCUUGCUUCAGUGAUGAUUUGGGAGACACGGCACCCGUAACUACCGAGGAUGUGUUCCGAGAAUUUCUCCUCUCCUCACCGAUGAAAGACGCACCGGACAACGUGCGAGAAAACGCAGUGGAGCUAUUCUCGUUACGUCUCGGUGAUCAUAGCACAUCUCUAUCAUCGCCUUGUGAUACUUUAGCUGCUGCUAGUGAGCAGGAUAGUGCACGAAGAUGGUUGUCAUGGGCACGUGAUGGGGAGAACCCGCUGCACCAGCUGAUUCGCAGCAACGAGCACGAGAUACCGGACGGCAUCCUGCCAGCUGAGUGCCGCGACGCCAGACUGACCGACUUCAGAGUGCAGCCGCCGAAGCCAGGCAAGGGGGGACAAGGCGACCGCCGUCGUCGCGGACCCCUCACCGACGAUGCAGUGUACGCAGAGCAUAAAGAACUGCGCGACAAACUUGCACGUGGCAACUGCUUCCUCGAGUAUUCAACUGCCAGCGCGGAGUUGGCGCCAGGUCAGGCGACGGCAGCGGCGGACUCGCUGGACAGGCAUCAGAUCUGCACGGUCUACGGACUGCGCAAGUUCACCGGCGGCCUGGGCGACGACGACAACGAUCUCGUAGAUCAGCCAGACGAGGAGGCUGCUGCCCCUGCUGGUGAUGCUGCUGAGAGUGGUGGCGGCGGUGCAGAGCAGGAGCAAGCGCCUCGCUGGGCCAACUUCUUCUCAUCGUCAUUGGCAGAAGUUCAGUCGGUCGUGGCAACAUCAAAGGCCAAUGGCGAGGCAGCUCACUUUGCAGCUCGAUACCUACACGGCCGAUGGGUGCUCAUUGCUGGUUCAAAGAACGUUCAUGUCGUCUUCAGCCGCAGACGUGACCUGGGUCUGUAUAAGCAGGGGCAGUACACGGUAGCAGAGAGGGUGGCGCAUGCCGUCUGUGACGCUCUCGACAAGCUGGACUCUCGCCAGUGCCUUAUGUUUCUAUCGUUUCUGGCAUGCACCGGCUACACAGCCAUUUUCGAGCUCCUUCAGCCUGAGUAUCAGCAUGUGGAAAGUCUCAGUCAUCUGUUACGACCGCAGCUGCAGUUCAUUUGCUGGUCGUCUUUCAUGGACAGUUUCAAUGAUGUCUGCGUCGGUGCACUGGAUCCAAUGCUCUGCCAUCACAUGGCCAAAGCGUUUGGCCUUGAGCCAGUUGCCUGCGAGGACCUGCCACUGGAUGAACUAGAUGUGUAUCUCACCAAGGUGCGUAAUGAUCAUGGCCACGAGGGGAAUGUUCUCUACUUCCUGAACGAGAAGCGCUGUCCAGUUGGUUUGCUCAAGCGCAAGACAGUGUGGUACAUUUGCAUCCGGGCUAUUCGCGAGAAGACCAAGACAGCGCUACGUGUCCUGGAUCGCCGCGAGAAGCAGAAGAAGCCGGCAGCGAAAGGAGAGAAGGCACCGUCCCAGCUGCCGUCGGAGGGCCACUACAUGAGAGGAGUUUAUGACAAGAUCACACGGCGCUUUCAGGACAUCGACAGUUGGCUAGAGUUUGGCAAAGAUUGCCACCGGCAGUGGCUGGACCUGGCACUUGGUUUUGUGCACUAUGUGAUAGAUCACGUUGCGGACGGGUCGCUGCCACGGGAGGAAGUAAACAACCGUUUCCCCGACGUUUGGAACCGGUAUUUGCAGGUGUCUGGCAGUACGGAUCGUAUCUAUGCCGAUAUCCCGCCAUGCAAGGCAGCAGAGUCUGUUUUCGUGCACAAAAACAAGUGAAGUCAUGUAGCAACCGCCGUCGGACAGUGCAGGUACCGUUCUUCAUGUCGCCAUUUCUCCGUUGCCUAUUCUUUCUUCUGAAAUGGCAAUCACAGAAGUACUCGCUAUAGUGUAAACUCAGAAUAACAGCAGUGGUCUUGCUCCAGCUGUCCACUUUGUUUUCAACUGCUUUCGUUGUAGUGCUUCUAAGCAGCUGUCUUCAAUAUUUGGAGACUCCACUGCAGCCAGUUAGUCAUCUCGUAGCCACACUACCAUCCACCACCGUUGCGGUCUAAAACGCUACGAUUCUAAAAUUUCAUCUCCAAAUGAGGGCAAAUCUCCGUCCUUGGGUCUUUCCCACUCAAUAUAGAAGUAAAGAAGCCGUCUAUCGUCAAUGAUAUUGUUUGAUCACAUGAAACGCCAGUGCGUAACAUGUUCGUUUGUGCACCGAGCCUUCGUUUCUGGCAUUUCUGACGGCGUGAGCUCCUUGAAUUUAUGUGCGCGUGUAGCAACUCUGCAGUCAUUUUGUUAAUCCUUAUUUUAAUUGGAACUCGGAUGUUGAGCCAAUGUAGUCUGAUGGCGCACUAGCUGAUUGUGUAUUAUCUGGUUACAUUGGUGGGCAGCUGGUCGGCACUCGUAACAUUUUUUUUGUCCUUCAUUUAUUUUUCCUUAUUUAAUGUGAUUUUUACGCAGUAAAAUUUGUUUCUGGGUGCCCACAGUGCUCAACAGCACAACGGGCAGAGGUUCAUGUUAGAUAUAUUGCCAUGAUAGGGCUGCGUAACGUGAAACUCAACUUACAAGCUAGACCUCGCUCUGCCUUCGGUUUUUGUGAUUUUUCAAUUAUUUGUUUAGGUAGACAGAGUGGCGAUAGCAUCACUCUCGUAGGGUAUUUCUUGCUCUGCUGUCAGCUGGUUUCUAUUUUGCACUGCUGGUGACUAUGCCAGGAGCAGCUUACAUAUGCUCGUCAAGCUUGUCGCUCGUGCUCUUUAGGUAGGUUUCGGGAAUUAGGCCCGGAGUGAUUACAUUUGUUUUGCUCUAGAAAUUCUUUUUUUAUUGGCUGAGAUUAUUUUCACAAAAUGUAUUAGGGCCACACGAAGUCUCCAGUUAUUUUCACCGACAUUUUUGCAAUCUGCAGAAACUCCAACAAGAUAACGUUACGACUUUUUCCUGCGAUUUAAGCGGACAUCUUUAGUCAUUCUCAGUAGUGUUCAAGUGUCAUUUUCAGUGUAAAGCUGACUUGAGGUAUUUCCUUCUCUGA